AUGCAGGCUGCAAGCUCGAGCUCUCCUGCGCCUCUACGACACGAACCUUCGCUGCAACCGACCCACCACACCGAUGACCACCAUUAUCUGCGCCGCUACUUCAUUGGGCCUAUGCCCCAACACGCCAUUACCGAAACUCAUGAACGGUCGAAAACCAAAGGCAGACACCCAUGGUUUCGACCGAGUACACCGGACAGCGACAGCAGCAGCGUCGACAGCGACGACGAGAGCGACGGGGGUGUCCGUGAUGCGCUGUCGAGUUACGCGUUUCGGUACUUUCUCAGCCGGGGAGGGAAGGAAGAGGAGUGGGGCGUGGAGACGGAGCGCUCGGUGCGAAAGGAGAUGGUGCGGCGAUGGAAGGACAGCGAGUGGGGACAGGCACUGCGCCCGAGGAGGGGAUCCAAAGGCGCUACCAGCGGCGUGACCUGGGUCGGCGAAUCUUUCGAGGUCGGCGAGUUCGCUGGAGUCAAUGUCCUCGACACCGAACUUCCCAGCGUGAGCGAGGUGCGCUCUCGGCGGAGCAAGGCUAGCUCUGCGGCCUCUGUCUCUAUUGCCUCUUCGACCACUCGGAAACAAACGCAUCGACCGUCUGCGGUAUCUCAGGACACUGGCGACACUUUCAUGACUGCCCGGUCUGACUUCAGCACCGGCACCUUGGAUCCUGUCAGUCAACCGGCGGCAGAGUCUUCUUCUAUGGCAAUACGCCGCACGUCAUCUCCAGAACCUAUAUCCGACUUUAUACCCGAGGUCACCAUCGACGAAGACUCUGGCGCCCAUUCUUCCAACUCCGGUUUACUCGCCACUUCACCCAUUCUCGAGCCACAGUAUACCACCUAUGCACGAACGGAUCUGAACAUACCCAAAUCUGUGCCCAUACCUCCGGAGACGCCCAGGGCACAAAGUGAUGGCAUUCUCCGUACUACCCACAAGACGGAAGCGAAGAAGCGGCUUAAGGUCCGAAUACAGACCAGCCCUCGCCAGAUCGCCCCGAGCUCGCCUGCUCCUCCUGCCGAAGUCUUGAAUCGGACAGGCGACGAGUUACCGCAGACCAGUGCUGCUGCAGCGCAGAUGUCACAGGCUGCUGGUGCGCCAGACGUGCUGCGGGCGCCCGUCGAGUCCGAGGAAGACGGUGUCAUCAUGCGAGAUCGAAUGCUUGUGCGCGUCAGCUUUGCAGAAGACCCCUCUACCGCAGAUGCCUUCGAUGAGGAGGCGAACCGUACGGCUCAGCACCUCGAGUCGCGCGAGUGGGAUGAAUUCAUGGUUGUGUGGAGGAAACGGCAAAUCGAACUCUACGCCAACUGGCAUAUACCUUUCAGGGAGCGCAUGCUCGGUCACAAGCGUCUCGCCUACGUGAUACCCCUCUUGGACCCUAAACCCAAACUAAUGUUAUACUCGUUCAACGACAUGUCGUUCUCUAUUGCUACCAAGGCCAUCGGCUCAAAGGAAGGCUUGCGGACAUCAGUACCUUUUUAUCGCACGAACGACCCCUGCAUAUUCGUUUUCAAACACAAGAUACGGACCCGCGCCGUAGAUUGGGUAUGGCAUCUGUGGCGCAGCCUAGGCGGCCAGCUUCCCCCCUAUAUCGAAGUCCGUUCUCCCGUCAUGGACAUCGCCAUGAAAGUGGACGUCCCGAGUCUCGAUGACGAACGUGACGUCGCCGUGUUCAGCCACGACAACCUGAUCAAGCUCUGCCGCCAAACGCUACGGUCUUUGCCGGACUGGAACUUCAUCCUUGAGAGUCGGCUUGCUGAAGGCGCACAACUUGGUCUUUCGUGGCGCCACGGGACCAUGCUAGACUGGGUGUGGUGGUCGAAAGACCUCGAGGGGAAACAAAGGGAGUGGGCCGUGCUCGCCGGUCUUGCCCUUGUACAGCCCGGAAAGCCCGUCCACCUCGAAGUCCGCGUCGGCGAACAUUUCCCGUCGUACUUGCACUUAGAAGAUGGCUCGCGACUACUGGAACCGCCGCCCAUCGAAGGCUACGUCUCGCGUGUGCGACCGUUGAGUCGCCAGUUACAGGCCGUCUAUCUCACGGUGCACAACGGUCUGCUCUUCACCAUCCUCCCAUCACGCGCCAGUCCGCCACACCCGCCUGGGACGAUUCCCUUUCCAAUCAAGGAAGGCGAAGACACCCUGAGCGAUGCGCUUCGGGCCGAGGAAGUUGUCCGCGGAGGACACCAGAUCUCUUACGCGCGCGGUGUGACGGACCUUCGCGCUGUGCUCAUGAUCCGCAGGGCGUCUGUUCUAGUACCCUCUGCGCAUGAGGAUGUCGAUGUCGCUGCUGCAGAGUUGCCCGCUGCUGACGAGGUGCUGCUCGCUCCCCUAGACCGCGACGAAGAUGACGGCGCGGACGUGGGCGGCGAGCAAGGGCUGUCGCAGCGGGGAGGCGAUCGCGCACACGGACGCAUGCGGCGCUGCUUCGAGCUCGUCAUGAAGAACGGCAAGGUCAUCCGCUUCGAAGCGCACAGCGCGAAGAACGCCAUCGAGUGGAUCGAGCGUUUGCGCGUGCUUGUGCGGUAUUGGCGUCUGCGCCACCUGGUCGAUGCGCGGCAGGAGAUGGACGUGGUGCACUAUGCGACGGGCAAACCGCGGAUCACGCCGCAUAUCAAGCAGUACAAUGACGACGCGCCUGAACCGGACACGAACCCCGCUAUGGUCCUGCCGUACCUCAGCUCGCUGUACAAUUGGUGUGUCUAUGAGGGCUGUCGGCCGGUCACGAAGACAGGGCGGAUCUACAUGCGUCCGGGUAUCCGGGGAAAGUACAGGCUCGUACAGUUAUUCAUCGUCUCAGGUCACCUCGUGCAGUUCAACAUCCGCUCCCAGUCGGCAUUCCAUCCACGGCGCAACGAGACGAUCAGCCUUCUCGACGCCUACGCCGUCUCCGGUCUUUUCGCCGCACAAUCACUACCAUCAGGGCAGUUCAAGCCCAACGCGCCUAUCACUGCGCGCCGGUAUCGCGACGGACUCGAAGCGGAAGAGCGCGAAGAAGACACGCUCUUCAUGCUGCUAUACUACCCGCACUCCUUUGGCGCUGGAAUGGGGGAGGGCAAGGCCGCGACGCCAACACUUGGCGCCAAUCGCCGCACCAUGGUCUUCCGUGCACGAAGCAAGGUCGAGCGCGAUCUAUGGUGCUGGGCGAUCAACUUGGAGAUUGAGAAGGUUGGGAGAGCGCAGAAGGAUCGGGAGUUGGGGUUGCGGAAUGAUGGGGGGAUCUGUACGUGGAAGAGUGAUCUGAAGCGGCAGGCGCGGAGGGAAGCGGAGGCCGCCGCCGCUCAGUAG